AUGACUUACCUGGCUCACACAGCCCACUCCCAGUUUGGGGCCCUCUGGCUGUCCUUCGUGGGCUGGACCCUCACCAAUAUGGCUCUGGGACUCAUCCAGUGGAGGGUGUGGCAGGUUUCCGACAGAAAGGUCAUCACCUCCGGAGUGGCCUGGGUGGGUAUCUGGAGGGCCUGCUUCACCAGCUACACUGACGUGAGUGACGGCUUCAGGAACAUGCACUGCAGGUACAUCAGCCUGAAGGAGGCCUUCACGCCUCCUGAGAUCGCGGCAGGUCAGGUGCUCAUGCUGCUUUCUCUGCUGGUGGGCCUCUGCGGGAAUGCUAGUGGGGUUUACGCCAUGAGGAACGCCUACUUUGUGGUGGGGAAGAACUCGUCCUCUGUCCGGCUGGGUUUCAUCAGCACCGGAGUCCUGUGCCUGCUGGCGGCCGUACUGUCACUGGUUCCUCUGAUCUGGAACCUGAGCUCAGUUGUGACAAAUCAGACCAUCGAGUUCCCCACGGAGUUUAAACUUCCGCCAGCACCGGACGCUCAGAGGGUGGGCAGCGGCAUCAGUGUGGGGAUCGUGGGCUCGGCUCUCAUGGUUGUGUCUGGGAUUGUUUUCUGCUCCUACAGGUCACCAGAGAGGUCUGAAUUCAGGAUGAAUAGUUUUGUGAGAGAGUGGCUGGAUCAGAGUCGCUUGUCACGAUCAUUGCCAGACAAGCGCCUGGCCGUCGCCUCAGGUGAAAGAGAUAACCCAACCUUUGAGAUUCAGGAAUACUUCUGA